UUACUUUUUUGCCAAGCUGUAGAAUUCGGAGCAGAGGCUACCUCCAAUCCAUAACCAUAAACCCCACCCCCUCCCCAUCAGCUGGCAACCCCAACAGACGCCGUCCUCUACGAGCAGAGGCUACCUCCGAGGAAGCCAAGCCAUCGUGCAAUCUGCGCCCUAGUCCAGCCAGCCAGGCCAGGAGCAAGGGGCGGAGCUAUGGGCAACUCCGGCAGCACAGCCCCCGCACCGCUAGGAAAGACCCAUGUUCCAGAUUUGGAAUGGAAGGUUCAUGAUUUCUCAGCGCUACUCGAGACAGAAGCUACGUCGGCGUCAUCUACUCCUUUUCACUGCUCUGGGUACAAAUGGUGUCUGCAAGUGACUCCAAAGCACAAUCAAGUGACUCCAAAGAACAAACAUGAUGUUCAAGUGACUCCAAAGCACAGUCAAGAUGAUAAAGGAAAUCCAUAUGUUGCUCUUUCCCUCGGAAUAUCCCGGGUAUGCUUGGAGCUAGGUCACACAUUGCAUGCAGAGUUUGAGUUGUCUAUAUUCAACCAUUCGAAAGGAAUGUACUGUGGAUCCAAAGCUAGCUACAACUUCAAUGACAAGAAUAUGUACUCGAACAAGGAAUGUUUGAUUCCUCUUCAGGAGCUACUGAAAUCAUCCGCGUUUUUAGUGGAUGAUAGCUGUGUCUUCGGUGUGGAGAUAUUAAAAAUUGAUGUCUCUUCUCCUGAAAGGAAGUCCGUUGUGGUACAAAAGAAGGCUACCACAGUUGAGAACCUCUUUGUCCAGAAGAAGGGAUUCAUCAAAGGGACAUACACUUGGACCAUGAACAAUUUCCUAGAAUUGGAGUCUCAGCAAUUUAUCCGCUCUCCUACAUUUGAAGUUGGUGGGCAUAAAUGGUACAUCGGCAUGUAUCCGCAUGGUGACAAGCGCAGCACUGAUUACCUCAGCUUGGCUUUGUGCCUGGACUCCUCGGAUGAGCUCUUUAUUGAGUCCAGAAAGGUGGUUCAAAUAACUCUGUCCAUCCUCGACCAAAAGAGUGGGAAAUACUUCACUAGAACUACAGGUCUCGUGCCAUGUAUACGUCCAGAAGGCUGGGGAUGGUACAACUUCCUGCCACUCAAGGAACUCAAGGAUAUGUCCAGAGGGUAUCUUAUAGAGUCAAAGUGCGUCCUCAAGGCAGAUCUCACUAUAUUUGGAUCAUCCAACGACGGCUAGAUCUUUACCUUGUGGCCUGAUGCAGAGUUAAUGCGCCUUCAUCCUACUACUAGUUAGAGUUAUUCUUUCAAAAAAAAACUAGAUAGAGUUAUAUAUAUGAGAUGGUGUUGCUGAUUUGUUUGAUGUUCUUAAACUUCUUAUGGAAUUAAAGAUGAACUAGUUCACAAGAAGUCAAGAAUGAUUUCUAGGUAUA